CAUUUAAUUGGGGACUAAUUAUUAGAAGCAUUUAAAUCUGCACCUUAACACGUUUAUAGAGGUGUUUCGGUCACACUAAGUGUAAUAUCUUAAUUAAAAUCAGUUUGUUCACGUGUAGAAAGUAACGCAGCCUCUUUAAGGAGUUUAAGUGGUUUCCUGCUUCACUUCGUCUUCAGAGCAUUUCUUGAAACCACCGGCUUGUCUAUGCGCCUUUAUCCCGUCCUUUACUGCCACAGUAUGAAGGCGAUAACAUUUGGGCUAACACUUGUUCGACAUGGGGAAACACAGUACAACAAAGAAGGACUGCUGCAAGGCCAGGCUAUAGAUUUACCAUUGUCUGAGGCCGGGCUGAAGCAGGCUGAAGCUGCAGGACAGUACCUGAGAGAUGUCAAGUUCAGCCACGUGUUUGUUAGCGACCUGAAGAGGGCCAAACAAACCGCUGAAACCAUAAUGAAGCACAACAGCAGUUGCUUGGGUCUGCAAAUGGCGUGCGACCCACUACUGAAAGAGAUAAGCUUCGGGACAGCUGAGGGAGGACGGCUGCAGGACGUGAAAGAGAUGGCCAAGGCAGCUGGUCAGUCGUUUCCAGGCUUCACCCCACCAGGGGGGGAGACUCAGGAGCAGGUGAAGGAGCGGGUCAAAGAGUUUUUGGAGAACAUGCUCCAGCAGAUUGGGGCUGAACGCUGGAACGAGGGGCAGGAUGACGGCUCCUCACCUGCAGCACCUGCAGAGGCGUCUCCCGUAGAGGGGCAUGCAGACGAUGGGGUCAGGGGCAUCCCGAUCCACGCUCUGGUGGUCACCCACGGCGCUUACAUGUGUGUGGUUGUGCGUUACUUUGUGGAUGAGCUGCACUGCCGCUUGCCUCAGGGUUGCGACAAAGCGCGCAUGUUCUCCCUAAGCCCCAACACAGGCCUGAGCAGGUUUACGGUGACUGUGAGAAAGGAGGGCGACAGGUUCGUACUGUCAGGGAUCCGCUGUGUGUUCAUCCACAGGGCGGACCACGUUAAAGCGUAAGAGCAGAGAGGAGGAGUGGACGAAUGAAAGGGGGGCAGAGAUACUGAGGGAUGUGGAGAAGACAACUGAUCAAGACUAUACAAAAAAAAACUAAAUGAAAAAAUACAACUGAAAAUGUACAAUUUAGAUGUUUAUUAUUUUCCAUUACCUCACAAUGUGGUUAAUUAAAAUUGAGUAUGUUAUUCAAGAUAAAGAAUAGAAAUAUUUUACAGUAAACAACACACUUUAAAACAACACAAUAUUAAAAAAAUAUUUCCCUUGUGAGCUGCCAUCAGAAAAUAAAAUCAUUCAGGGACGACCUCUCAGGAUGACUAAAUACAAUCUAACUCCGACACACAUAUUUAUAUAUUUGUAAAUAUAUAUAUAUAUAUAUUAUAUAUUUGUAUAUAUAUAGUGUUUUUGCAGUUAAUCUAUGAUGCACAAAAGAGCUAUUUAAGUAUUCAGGAGUUUAAAAACACUUUUAUUCUUCACAAAAAUUACUUACGGCACACAAAAGAAGGUUAUGUAAUAAUUUUGUCGGAUAGUAUUUGUGCUCAGUACAAGCAGAAAGCGGGAAAUAAAUAGAUAAAAAUAAACAAAACACCUUAACAACCUGUUCGUUGUCAGUAUCGACCCAAGGUUUCACAACCCACAGCGCAUCACUAACGGUUCAUGUUGCAUGGAAAUGUCAUCAUCGCAUUUGUUACCGCCUGGCUGUUCAUUGCCGUAAACGUGGGCAGCUCUGUGCUCUAAUGAGUCCCCGUUUCUAUUUUUAUCCUCUGGGAUUCAGAGGUUUUGCAGCGGAACACGGGGCCGAGCCGCCGCCGUGUUUACUUUUCGGAAAUCAGUGACUUGUUCAUUGUUGUGAAUUAACACUUGAGUCAACGGGGACAAACGAAUGCCACGAGCCGCUGGAGCGCGUUGAACUGUACGAUGCACGGACUGUUUUAUCGGCUGCUGCUUUCCACUCCACACACUUUUUUGACAGGAAAACGAAGAGAAUGUGCAGAAAACGACCACUUGUGACGAAGCCAUCACACGUAAAAAGGCUCAAAAAAUGCAAAUGUCACAUGGUCUGACUUUUCUGAUAAACCUCCAUUAAAUACA